AUGGAGGAGGCGGGGAUGGACCCCGAGAUGAAUUGGAAUUCGGGUAGCAACUCCGGGACUGUUGGCGAGAAUAAGUCCCCCGAUGAGAAGGCCGCAGCACCAUCCCUGAGAUCGAGUGCGGUACCACGCGCCUGGCAGAGUGUUGAGGUGGCGAGGGUUGUGUAGCGUGAAAACCGGAGUCACCUUGCCGGGUCCGUAUUACUCUCCCUCCAGCACUUCCUCCAGCACAGCGGGUGCAGGUCGAGUUUUGCGGGGGUGCAGGUCGAGUUUUGCGGGAUAGAGCCACUCGAGGUCCUGCGGCCAGGAAACACGCAGAGAGGAGCAGCGGGGCAAAACAAUCGCCGUAGAAAACCAGAAAUCCUUCGCUGUAGGAAAGGGACAGUCGAAAGCCAAAGGCAACCCCGGUCUAAAGACAGUGAUAUCCGCGACCUGGCCCUGGAUGGUUACGUCACGUAUGACGAAAGCGCGUAAGUGCAAGCCCACAGACACCCAUAGAGAAUGUAUUGAAAGCUUUGAAAUUUGAAAAAAAUAGAUUUUACAUGACAGGCUAUGAGAGACUUCUGGGCGAUUUUCAACCUGACUGAAAUCGCCCCAAAAACGGGCGGGGCCAUUUGAAGCACGACUUUAGCCUGAUUUGACAUUUAGUGGCAGUCAGAUCAGAUUACAACACUGAUAACUACUGUUGCCGUGAUAUAAUUGAUUAGAAAAAAAAUCCCUUCCUUUUCCCGUUUGGCAGUGCGUCGCCCAUAUCGCCCUAUUGAACAGGCCGUCCCUGGUUGGCUGUCUCUACUAAUAUAUUGUCUUUGUGUCUGUGGGUCUUGGUGUCUGGCUGGCGCUAUGGAGGCUGGCACAUCAUGGGUUAUGGCGCGUUGAUAUAGGCCUAGAUAGAGGGAGUCUCUCUCUCUCUCUCUCUCUCUCUCUCUCUCUCUCUCUCUCUCUCUCUCUCUCUCUCUCUCUCUCUCUCUCUCUCUCGCUCUCUCUCUCUCUCUCUCCUCUCUCUCUCUCUCUCUCUCUCUCUCUCUCUCCCUCUGCUCUCUCUCUCUAUCUAUAUUCUCUCUCUCUCUCUAUCUUCUCUCUCUCUCUCUCUCUCUCUCCUCUCGCUCUCUCUCUCUCUCUCUCUCUCUAUUCUCUCUCUAUCCUCGCUCUCUCUCUCUCUCUCUCCGUCCCUGCCCUGGAGUAAGUUUUAGCCUAACUUCCAGGGACAUGAUCAUAACGAUUUGUAAGAAGUGCUAAUGUCUGUUUGUGCCAAUUUGUAAGUCGCUCUGGACAAGAGCGUCUGCUAAAUGACGUAAAUGUAAAUGUGUUAUGUUUGCUAGGUUUUUAGCCCGCCUAGCAGUCGCGGAUGAAACUUGUUGUUGCUGUUGCGGUUCUUGACUGACUGCCUGCCGGUAUGGCUGAUGAUAGUGGCCAAUGCCUGAGCAUUUUAGCUCUAUAGUUGUCGAUGGGUAUAUUAUAUGCAUAGUGCUGUGUAGUUCUUGCUCAAGUGGAAAAUGGUGAGCAACGUGGAGAACCCCUGUUUUUGUAAAUGAUUGUCUAAAGACAAGUGUCUUUAUAGGCUAGUGUAAGGAUAACAAUUAGUUAAUAAAAGCAUUUAAAUAAUUAGCUGGGAAAAUAUUUCACAACCCAAAAUGGUGUGCUCCCCCUGUUGUGAAGACAAAAACAAUAUGUUGUCACUUCGGGAUAUUUUGGGUCAAGUUUGGGUUUCGCACAAAAUUACUAGGCCUGGCCCCAUACACUUUCAUACAUGCAUAGUCACUUUACCCCUAUCUACAUGUACAUAUUACCUAAAUUACCUUGACUAACGUGUACCCCCACACAUUGACUCGGUACCGGUACCCCCUGUAUAUAGCCUCAUUAUUGUUAUGUAAUUGUUACUCUUUUAGUUUUUUUUUUACUUUAGUUUAUUUCGUAAAGAUUUUCUCAGCUCUUAUUUGUCAUAAAACUGCGUUGUUGGUUGAGGGAAUUACAAGGCAAUGUUUCUUUAAACUGACAGAAGACAAAUAGUUUCUUCUCACUAAAUAUGUUUUGCUAUUAGUUUGCAGGGGACUUCAACAUUUUUGUGUUUUUAUGUAUUUCUAAUAUCUUUUUAAGACUUUCCAUCUGUUUUGACCAGAAAUCAAAGCCUUUGCUUAUUCCAAAUGUAUAAAUAUGCCUUAAUUUAUCCAAAAUAUAGACUCUUAGCUUUCAUUUGACUCCUUUGUACUUCACAUGUUGGUGCUCAUGGGUCCUUUUACAUAGAAAUGCCCAGUAGUCAAAAGUUUUGUAUUUGGUCCCAUAUUCCUUGCACACAAUGAGUACAUCAGGCUUGUUACUAUACAAACUUGUUGGUUGCAUUUUCAGUUUGUUUUGGUUGUGUUUCGGAUUAUGAUUUGUUUUAGGAUUUCUUCAUGGCAAAAGGUGAUAUUCUGUACUGUCGUCUCAUAUGAAACAUUUGAUCUCAAAUCCAAAACGCUGUCCAAAUACAUGUUAUGGUGUUCAGUGUAUUUCUAGUCACUGUUGUAGAAGGCGGCACACUUUCUGAAUGGGGGCGAUUUUGUUUCAUGUCCAUGGUACUUAAUCACUAUUGACUCUUUUGAGAGAUACAUUUUGGUCCCUAGCCAAAGUAGCGAACACAACUUUCAUUUUAUGAGAAACAUCUCAGUAACUGUCAAAUGAACAGAGGAAAUAAGAAAUACCGCUAUGCCCUCAGACGAACCAUCAAACAGGCAAAGCGUCAAUACAGGACUAAGAUUAAAUCCUACUACACCGGCUCUGACGCUCAUCGGAUGUGGCAGGGCUUGCAAACUAUUACGGACUACAAAUGGAAACCCAGCCGCGAGCUGCCCAGUGUCGGAAGCCUACCAGAUAAGCUAAAUGCCUUUUUAUGCUCACUUCGAGGCAAGCAACACUGAAGCAUGCAUGAGAGCACCAGCUGUUCCGGACGACUGUGUAAUCAUGCUCUCCGUAGCCGAUGUGAGCAAGAGCUUUAAACAGGUCAACAUUCACAAGGCCGCAGGGCCAGACAGAUUACUAGGACGUGUACUCAGAGCAUGCGCAGACCAACUGCCAAGUGUCUUCACUAUUUUCAACCUCUCCCUGACCGAGUCUGUAAUACACAUAUGUUUCAAGCAGACCACCAUAGUCCCUGUGCCCAAGAAUGCGAAGGUAACCUGCCUAAAUGACUACCGCCCCGUAGCACUCACGUUGGUAGCCAUGAAGUGCUUUGAAAGGCUGGUCAUGGCUCACAUCAACACCAUCAUCCCGGAAACCCUAGACCCACUCCAAUUUGCAUACCGCCCCAACAGAUCCACAGAUGACGCAAUCUCAAUCGCACUCCACACGGCCCUUUCCCACCUGUACAAAAGGAACCCCUCCCUCUGCAACCUGAUCCUGGACUUCCUGACGGGCCGCCCCCAGGUGGUAAGGGUAGGCAACAACACAUCUACCACGCUGAUCAUCAACACGGGGGCCCCUCAGGGGUGCGUGCUUAGUCCCCUCCUGUACUCCUUGUUCACCCACGACUGCAUGGCCAAGCACGACUCCAACACCAUCAUUAAGUUUGCUGACGACACAACGGUGGUAGGCCUGAUCACCGACAACGAUGAGACAGCCUAUAGGCAGUGUGGUGCCAGGACAACAACCUCUCCCUCUACAUGAGCAAGACAAAGGAGAUGAUCGUGGACUACAGGAAAAGGAGGGCUGAACAUGCCUCCAUUCACAUCGACGGGGCUGUAGUGGAGCGUGUCGAGAGUUUCAAGUUCCUUGGUGUCCACAUCACCAACAAAGUAUCAUGGCCCAAAAACACCAAGACAGUCGUGUAGAGGGCAUGACAAAGAUUUGGCAUGGGUCCCCAGAUCCUCAAAAGGUUCUACAGCUGCACCAUCAAGAGCAUCCUGACCGGUUGCAUCACCGCCUGGUCUGGCAACUGCUUGGAAUUUGACCGUAAGGCACUACAGAGGGUAGUUUGUACGGCCCAGUACAUCACUGGGGGCCAAGCUUCCUGCCAUCCAGGACCUCUAUACCAGGCGGUGUCAGAGGAAGGCCCUAAAAAUUGCCAAAGACUCCAGUCAUGCAAGUCAUAGACUGUUCUAUCUGCUACCGCAGGGCAAGCGGUACCAGAUCGCCAAGUCUAGGUUCAAAAGGCUCCUUAACAGCUUCUACCCCCAAGCCAUAAAACUGCUGAACAAUUAAUCAAAUGGCCACCCGGACUAUUUACAUUGACCCCCCCCCCCUCCCCCUUUGUUUUUACACUGCUGCUACUCACUGUUUAUUAUCUAUGCAUAGUCACUUUACCCCUACCUACAUGUACAGACUACCUCCACUAACCUGUAACCCCCGCACAUUGACUCGGUACCCGGUACCCCCCGAUAAAGCCCGGGAGAGAAUUUAGGUACAAAGAAGAAGAUUUUAAACCACGAACGCAUUGGGGUUUUUUAAGGUUUUAAAAUAAGCAUUUUAAGUAAGGUCUACAUGUUUUAUUGGCGAGGGAAAAUAAAAGGAUUUUUUUGAUUUGAAGGGAAAGCCAUCCCAUUGGGCCAGACAGGCCCAAAAAUCAAAUUACAUAAGUGACGUGCUUUCCCCCCCGGCUAGCCAUGCCCAGGGGAUAGAGCCCCCUAGGUACCCCCAGGGGUGAUGUCCCCCAGGAAAGGUAGAUGUCCCCAGGGCUAGGGUAGAUGUCCCCCAGGAGAGGCUUUAAAAAAUGUCCCCCCGGCUAGAGGAGAUGUCCCCCAAAGGUAAGAGGAGAGUCCCCAGGUAGAGGCUAGAGUCCCCCAUGUAGAGGCUGAGGGGCCCCCCGGCAAGGUCCCCCGGCUAGAGGUAGAGUCCCCCCAGGUAGAUGCCCCCCAGGUAGAGGUAAUGUCCCCCGGGUAGGAGGCCCCCCUGAGGUCCCCAGGCUAGAGGAGAGUCCCCCAGGUAGAGGGCCCCGGCUAGAGUCCCAAGGUGAGGUUUGAUGUCCCCCCCGGCUAGAGGCUAGAUGUCCCCCAGGCUAAGGGCCCCCAGGCUAGAGGUAGAUGCCCCCCAAGGUAGAUGUCCCCCCAGGGUAAGGCUAGAUUCCCCCCGGGGUAGAUGUCCCCCAGGUAGAGGCUAGAGUCCCCCAGGUAGAUUUGUCCCCCAGGCUAGAUGUCCCCCAGGCUAAAGGAUGUCCCCCCGGUAGAGGUAGAUGUCCCCAGGGAAGAGGUUUUGAUUCCCCCCCGGGGUAGAUUCCCCCCGGUAGAGGUAAGUCCCCCGGCAGAGGGUAGAUGUCCCCCCCGGUAGAGGCUAGAGUCCCCCAGGGUUUGAGGUUGAGUCCCCAGGCUAGAGGGGCCCCAGGCUGAGGCAGUGUCCCCCGGCUAGAGGUUAGAUGUCCCCCAGGGGGAGGGUGUUCCCCAGGUGAGGGUUUCCCCCCAGGUAGAUGUCCCCCCCGGUAAAGGGGGUGUCCCCAGGUGAGGGUAGUGCCCCCCCCCAGGUGAGGUUGAGUCCCCCGGCUAGAGGCUAGAGGGGCCCCAGGCUGAGGGAUGUCCCCCAGGCUAGAAAAGGGCCCCAGGCUAGAGGCUGAUGUCCCCCAGGCUAAGAGGGGUUCGAUGUCCCCCGGGUAGAGGUAGAUGUCCCCAGGGAUAGAUUUUCCCAGGCUGGGAGUGCCCCCCGGCUGAGGCCCAAUUCCCCCAGGGGAGGCUAGACCCCCCAGGCUGGGCUAGAAUUUCCCCAGGCUAGAUGUCCCCCAGGCUAGGGUAACCCCAAAGGUAGAUGCCCCCAGGCUAAGGGAGAUGUCCCCCCGUGGGUUUGAUGUCCCCCAGGGUAGAGGUGAGUCCCCCAUGAUGAGGCUAGAUGUCCCCAGGUAGGGGGGCCCCGGGGGGGUCCCAGGGGGGGGUAGAGUUUCCCCAGGUGGGUGAAACCCCCCCGGCUGGAGGUAGAGCCCCCAGGUAGAGGGCCCCCAUAAAGGUAGAUUUUCCCCCAGGAAUGUGUCCCCCGGCUAGAAGGUAAGUCCCCCCGGCUAAAAAUUUCCCCAAAACCCCCAUAAAUAAAAAAAAGAAAAAAGGAAAAAAAGGGGGAUCGUUCAAAGGCCCCAAAAAGCUAAAGCCCAGCCCAAAAAUAAAAAUUAAUAAAAGAUGCCCCAAAACCCCAAAAAAAAUGUUCAGGUAGAUUUACCCCCAGGUUGGGUAGUGAAACCAGUAAAUUAAGAAUGGGGAAGAUUUUAAAACCCCUACCCCCAAAUUUGGCAUUGAAAUUACCCCGGGUUUGGAGUAAAAAAAAGAAAAAUGAAAGGAAUUAUUUAGUUCCCAAGGAAGGGGAAUUAAAAAACAGGAAGACGUAGAGGGCAGAAAAAGGAAAAUUAAAAGGAUGAGGGGGGGCCCUCCGGGGGUGGGGGGAAAGGGGGGAUGAGCCCCGCUAGAGGUCCCCCUAUAUAAAAGUAGAAAAAUACUUUUUCACCCUUGACUGGGUUUAAUCUGUGUCUGGGAAACUGGCCCUUAGAAUGAGACUAUAUGUAAGCCAGCCCUAAAAAACUUUCUCAAAAUUUUCUCAAAUUAAUAAAAUUUAAAUUAAUAAAUGUUCUCUAAAACAUGGAGAAAUGAAUAGUAGUAUGACCUCUCAGUCCCCUUCACUGGCCCCCAGGCCCUCCAGACAUAAACGCUCCCAGACCCAACGUGGACCCUCAGCCAGAGCUGGUGAAGUCGAUGACCCUCCUUUCAGAGAUCGCCCCAAUGACCUCCACUACAAACCUGUUGCAAAGAGGUAGUCAGUUAACUGCCUGUCCAAAUGAAUAGUAGUAUGUAGUAGUUUGAAACCAGUACAUUAAUAUGAAUGAAGGACAAGCAUCUCUCCACCAAUCAACCAACUCUGCAUGUAAUAUCUACAUACUGUGUAUACGAGUAACUAAAUAAAAGAUCUACAUGAAGGACAUGUAUUUUAUGUCCUACGAAGCAGAAAGAUGAGAAGGAUAAAGACAGGAAAUGAGUUGGGAGAGGAGCCUCCUAGGAAGUAAAUGAUGGAGGGAUGGAUGGGGGAACAUGAUGGACAGAUAGAUUUACAAAUGGAGGAAAAGGGAUGUCAUGGAGUUAAGACUCUACACAGCCAUUGCUAAGCUGUUCAUUACCCUCUCAUCUUAGGAGGGGCAGGUGGCAGAAAGAUGCACAAAAAAAAAAAAAAAAUGUAUGCACGCAUGACUGUAAGUCGCUUUGGAUAAAAGCGUCUGCUAAAUGGCAUAUUAUAUAUUAUUAUAUUAUUAUGACAAAACUCCUCGGCUACCAAAAAGAAGGUGCAUUUUUUACAUUUUGCCUUGUAACCGUGUAUGAACUGUAACCGUGUAUGAACUUGUAACCGUCAUCUCAGUCCCAACAGUCUGCUCUCCAUAUUUGGAAAGGCCCCCUUUCUGGAACAUUACAUUAAUAGUAUAAAAUCCAUUCUCUCCUGUUAACAGGAAGAAGCCCCCAGUGCAGUAUGUUCGCUGUGAGAUGGAGGGCUAGCACACCCACACUACCUACAGGUCUGCCAUCCAAUCUGGAGUAACAUUGACACCUUUUUUAAAAUCUUUCUACUAGUAUGUAAUCUUGCCAUUUCCACAUCUCUGCGAUAUUAUCUUCUUUCUUUUUCUUUUCAUUAGAUAUUUAUAGUUAUACGGAUCUUCUCUCUAUCUCUCUCCCUAGUUCUUGUCUCUCUAUUAUCGUCGGCUACGGGGGACUCUGUUGAGAGAGAGAGAUAGAGAUCGCUCUGAUGAUGUCCUAUUCUCUCUCUCUAGUGGUUAUCUCUCUCUCGCGCUCUCUCGUCUCUCUCUUCUCUCUCUCUCUUCUCUCUCUCUCUUCUCUCUCUCUGUCUCUCUCUCUUCUCUCUCUCUCUCUCUCUUCUCUCUCUCUCUCUCUCUCUCUCUCUCUCUCUCUCUGUCUCUCUGUCUCUCUGUCUCUCUGUCUCUCUCUCUCUCUCAGCACCACAUAACUUACCAGCAUUUGUUGCAAAAGUAUGUGUGUCCACACCCCUUGUGUGGGCGACUGUUUCGUCUACAGAAACAGCUGUUGCGUCAUGCUGAGAACCACACGGGUCCUUCAAUAGGAGCAGCACACACUUCAGCUCUCAUCAGAGUUCAGUUAGAUCAUAGGGAACUUCAGUGGUGGCUGGUCUGCGGUGAUAUAGGAGGACAGGCUCACUGAAAUGUCAUGGAAACCAUGUGUUUGUGAUACUGUUCCAUUAAUUCAAUUACAAUGAGCAUGUCCUCCUAUAACUCCUCCUACCAGCCUCCUCUCUUUAUAAAUACAUGCUUUAAAAAAUAAUAUCGUGCUUUUUGAGGCUCCCAGCGCCAGAUCUCUAUUGACAUCCAUUCCAUCCAUUUUGUUCUAUAAUUCCCUCUCUUUUGUGCUUGUCGUCUGUCUUUCAGAUGAGAGGGAAUACUGUGCCAGUGCCUUCAAGAGUUCCCAUAACCUGUCUGUUCAUCGCAUGAUCCACACAGGAGAAAAGCCAAUCCAGUGAGUGUCCCUGACUCCUGAGCCAAAACAUCAGUUUAGCCCCAUUCUGAUCAGCGCUGAAAAUACAUUUAUUACUCACAAUGCAGUGGCAAUGAUCUUGUAACUCUUUUACGAUGUCCGUUUACAUUUUCCAGCAAAUUACUUUAAACUCACAUUUAUAUAAUCACAACCUCUACAUGGAUAUUGUAGCAGAAAACUUUUAAGAAUCAUGGUUGCAGCAAUAUUGUCAGUGCUACGGUGUUUUAAGUACAGAUCAGUGCAUUUCAAAUGAGGUAAAAUGGAGCCCAAUACGUUUUUUUAGAUUGAGAUUGACCUAAGAACUUGCCGGCCCCAAACUUAACCAUGUCUUUAUCGCCACCCUGUGGCAGGUGUGAGAUCUGCGGCUUCACCUGUCACCAUAAGGCCUCACUCAACUGGCACAUGAAGAAGCACGACGCUGACACAAACUACCAGUUCUCCUGCUCCAUCUGCAGCAAGACGUUUGAGAAGAAGGACAGCGUGGUGGCCCACAAGGCCAAGAGCCACCCUGAGGUGCUCAUUGCCGAGGCCCCGGCGGCCAACCCACAGGCCCUCAUCACCAGCCCUGCCCCAAUCUUAAAGACUUUACCAGGGGCUGUGCCCCCCUGCCAUGCCCCCUGUCAGCCAGGAAAACCAGGGCCUCACCCCCCUGCAGCAGGUGGUGCUCCCCCUCCCCCCUCAGAACCAGAAGGACACCUCCCAGACCCAGCUACUGCAGCUUGGCCCCCAGCACGAGACUACCACGCUGCUGCAGCUUGGCCCCCCAGCACGAGACUACCACGCUGCUGCAGCUUGGCCCCCCAGCACGAGACUACCACGCUGCUGCAGCUUGGCCCCCAGCACGAGACUACCACGCUGCUGCAGCUUGGCCCCCAGCACGAGACUACCACGCUGCUGCAGCUUGGCCCCCAGCACGAGACUACCACGCUGCUGCAGCUUGGCCCCCAGCACGAGACCCACGCUGCUGCAGCUUGGCCCCAGCACGAGACUACCACGCUGCUGCAGCUUGGCCCCCAGCACGAGAUACCACGCUGCUGCAGCUUGGCCCCAGCACGAGACUCCCACGCUGCUGCAGCUUGGCCCCCAGCACGAGACUACCACGCUGCUGCAGCUUGGCCCCAGCACGAGACUACCACGCUGCUGCAGCUUGGCCCCCAGCACGAGACUACCACGCUGCUGCAGCUUGGCCCCCAGCACGGAGACUACCACGCUGCUGCAGCUUGGCCCACACGAAUACCAGGCUGCGCUGAGGCCACACUCUCGGGGGGCCUCCCCGUCAUCCAGCUGACAGCCCACCCAGCCACAACCACCACCUCCGGCCCCCCACACUUUCCUCACUCUUAGCUCCAUUGAGAGAGGGUGAUGUGGGGAGAGGGAGGGAGAGGAGGAUAGGGCAGAUGAGGGGAUAGUGUGGGAGAGGGAGGGAGAGGAGGAUAGGGCAGAUGAGGGGAUAGUGUGGGAGAGAGAGGGAGACAGUCAGAUACUGUCAGAGAGUGCAGAGGUGAAGGUGUCAAACGGGGAUAGCUAUGGGUUGAUAUAGAUCGAAUGAUCAGGAUGGGUUGAUUUACAGUGCCUUCAGAAAAUAUUCACACCCCUUGACCUUUUCCACAUGUUGUUGUUAAAGCCUGAAUUUAAAAUGGAUUAAAUUAAUAAAAAACUAAAAACUGAAUUGUCUUGUGUCAACAAGUAUUCAACCCAUUUGUUAUGGCAAGCCUAAAUAAUUGCAGGAGUAAAAAUGUGCUUAAGAAAUCACAUGCGUUGCAUUGACUCACUGUGUGCAAUAAUACUGUUAAACAUGAUUUUUAAAUGGCUUCCUCAUCUCUGUACCCCACACAUACAAUGAUCUGUAAGGUCCCUCAGUCGAGCAGUGAAUUUCAAACACAGAUUCAACCACAAAGACCAGGGAGGUUUUCCAAUGCCUCACAAAGAAGGGCACCUAUUGGUAGAUGGGUAAAAAUGUAAAAAGCAGACAUUGAAUAUCCCUUUGAGAAUGAUGAAGUUAUUAAUUACACUUUGGAUGGUGUAUCAAUACACCCACUCACUACAAAGAUACAGGCGUCCUUCCUAACUCAGUUGCCGUAGAGGAAAGGAACCACUCUGGGAUUUCACCAUGAGGCCAAUGGUGACUUUAAAACAGUUACAGAGUUUAAUGGCUGUGAUAGGAGAAAACUGAGGAUGGAUCAACAACAUUGUAGUUACUCCACAAUACUAACCUAAUUGACAGAGUGAAAAGAAGGAAUACUGUACAGAAUAAAAAAUAUUCAAAAAAUGCAUCCUGUUUGCAAUAAGACACUAAAGUAAAACUGCAAAAAAUGUGUUAAAGAAAUAAACUUAGUCCUGAAUACAAAGCGUUAUGUUUGGGGGCAAAUCUAAUACAUCACCGAGUACUACUCUUCAUAUUUCCAAGCGUGGUGGUGGCUCCAUCAUGUUAUGGGUAUGGGUGCUUGUCAUCGGCAAGGACUAGAGAGUUUUUUAUGAUCAAAAGAAACAGAAUAGAGCUAAGCACAGGCAAAAUCCUAGAGGAAAACCUGGUUCAGUCUGCUUUCCAACAGACACUGGGAGACAAAUUCACCUUUUAGCAGGACAAAAACCUAAAACACAAGGCCAAAUAUACACUGGAGUUGAUUACCAAAACAUUUACAUUUACAUUUUAGUCAUUUAGCAGACGCUCUUAUGCAGAGCGACUUACAGUUAGUGAGUGCAUACAUUAUUUUUCAUACCCCCCAUGGGAAUCGAACCCACAACCCUGGCGUUGCAAACGGCAUGCUCUACCAACUGAGCUACAUCCCCUGCCGGCCAUUCCCUCCCCUACCCUGGACGACGCUGGGACAAUUGUGCGCCGCCCCAUGGGUCUCCUGGUCACGGCCGGCUACAACAGAGCCUGGAUUCGAACCAGGGUCUCUAGUGGCACAGCUAGCGCUGCAAUGCAGUGCCUUAGACGACUGCGCCAUUCGGGAGACGGCAUUGGAUGUUCCUGAGUGAUCUAGUUAGAGUUUUGAUUUAAAUCAGCUUGAAAAUAUAAAUGGCAAGACUUAAAAAUGGUUGUCUAGCAAUGAUCAAACACCAACUUGACAGAGCUUGAAGAAUUUUAAAAAAUAAUAAUGUGCAAAUAUUGUACAAUCCAGGUGUUUAAAGCUCUUAGAGACUUACCCAGAAAGAUUUACAGCUGGCCAAAGGUGAUUAAACAUGUAUUAACUUAGGGAUUUGAAUGCUUAUGUAAAUUAGAUAUUUCUGUAUUUAAUUUUCAAUAAAUGUGCCAAAAGAACCGAACAUGUUUUCACUUUGUCAUUAUGGUGUAAAAAGAAACAGGUGUAAUCACUGCCAAAGGUGAUUCUAACAUAAUCAAGAUAUAUUAGUGUUUUAUUUGUUAAUAUUUUUGGGACAAAUGUUAGAAUUUGUAUUCGACUUUUACAUUACAGAGUAUUUUGUGUAGAUCAUUGACAAACAAAUUACAAUUAAAUAUAUUUUAAUCCCACUUUGUGAAUUCAAAAUGUGGAAAAAGUAAAGGGGUGUGAAUACUUUAAGGCACUGUACUAAGCUUAUAUUAUAUUAAGACUAUACUAUAGAAGUUUCCUCAAAGUGAAAUGCACUCACUUAGAUACAGUACUACAGGGAAUAUGA